CGGUCAAAUUCAAUCCGGUCUGUCCGGUCGGCUCAUUCUCGUUGGUACAAAAAUUUUUUGUCGAACCAACAAACGGCAACGGUGUCGUUUCAUUGUCUGAUAUUGAAACGCAGCUAUUUCUAAACUCUUCUUCGUCUCUCUCAUUCCCACGAUUAGGGCUCUCGCUAAAUUCCUCAGACUCGUGAAUCGUCAUCGUCUUCGCGGAGCUCACUCACUCGCUCGAAGAUGUUAACGGCAGAUAUACCACCGAAUCAAUCAAUCUACAUCCAAAACCUCAACGAAAAGAUCAAGAAAGAAGAAUUGAAGAGAUCUCUUUACUGUUUGUUCUCUCAGUUUGGGAGGAUACUUGAUGUGGUUGCUUUGAAGACUCCGAAACUCCGGGGACAAGCUUGGGUUACGUUUAGUGAAGUCACAGCCGCUAGCAAUGCCGUUCGUCAGAUGCAAAAUUUCCCCUUCUAUGAUAAGCCAAUGCGCUUACAAUACGCAAAAGCAAAGUCAGAUUGUUUAGCUAAAGCUGAGGGAACUUUCGUUCCAAAAGAUAAGAAGAGGAAGCAAGAAGAAAAAGUUGAAAGAAAGCGUGAAGAAUCCCAACGACCAAACACGGCUAAUGGCCCAAGUGCUAAUGGUCCAAGUGCCAAUAACGGAGUCCCUGCGCCAUCCUUCCCACCGAGCGGGCAAGAAGCGAUGCCACCAAACAACAUACUCUUCAUUCAGAAUCUCCCACACGAGACAACAAGCAUGAUGCUUCAGCUUCUCUUCGAACAGUAUCCUGGAUUCAAAGAGAUAAGAAUGAUCGACGCAAAACCAGGAAUCGCGUUUGUGGAGUACGAAGACGACGUUCAAGCUUCCAUAGCUAUGCAACCUCUUCAAGGUUUCAAAAUCACUCCCCAGAAUCCAAUGGUCAUCUCUUUUGCCAAGAAAUAGUGAGUUUUGUUUUUGUUUGUUUGUUGUCCUCUAAGACGAUUCUGUACCAACCAACCUGAUGUGUAUAACCAACGGUUAUCUAUUGGUUAACGGAUUAAUCCGGUUUGGUUUAAUCAUUGAAAGAGACCCUUAAAACGCGGUUUCACACUUGA